CUGACUUCCAUUGGCCAAAAAGCAAAGCCGAAAAUGAGAUCGAAGGUCAUUCUCUGUGACUUUUGGUUGUUCUUGUUUUAGCGAUUUGUUUGACAUUUUCUUUUUGGAUGUGGUCCUCUCUGUCUCGAUCAUAGACCAUUAGAAGCAGCUUUCGUUCUUUUCAUCGCUGGCAUUGCAAAACAAGAAAUGCGGUCCUCCCUGCUCGAAGCGGCUCGAGUGGUUCCAAGUGUGCUCCAGCCAACCAAAACGGUGCCGUACUUGGCCAAACCUUUCAUCACACUGGCAGAAGCGACGGCAAGCGGAUCUUCUUCAGGCAGUGCUUCCUCCUCUUCCUCGUCGUCGUCUUUCGCAGCUGCGACGUCCAGCAGGAGCAAGACAACCGCAACAAGGACCACGACCCCAGCAGAAAAUAACUACGACCUCGCUCCGUUGAUCUAUCCAAGAAAAAAACACCAUCACAAUCACUUUUGCACAGUUUUGUAAUACAAAAAAUUUUGUCAUGCGCAAAACUGCAUCACAGUCAAGAGUUAUAGGCGAUUUCCCUUUGUGUUUUUGCAAUACAAGAAAAAUUUGUCAUGCGAGACAAAUUUCUGAUGCAAAACUUCCCAACCGUGAUUGUGAUGGUGUUUUUUUCUUGGAUAUGAUCCGAGCUGCUACUAGUGAUUCAUCUGCGAAACAACAUCAAACCCUCCUAGUACGCCAGAAACUUUUCUCCAAACCCGUCACGGCGCACCCGGUGCUCGUGGCCGCAACCAUGGAAACGCUGGAAACCAAACUUCCCAUGAUCGCCUUCAUCGGCGAAUCCAACGCCGGGAAAUCAACCUUGCUGAAUUCACUGCUCAACAACCGAAAACUUGCGUUUUCCUCCGGCACGCCCGGGCAGACCAAACACCUGUUCCGCUUCGAGGUGCGAAAUAAGUUCAACUUUGUCGAUUUACCUGGAUACGGGUUUGCGAAGGUAGAGAAGCAAUUGAGGAAUAAAUGGAAAGAACUACUGCAGAAGUUCUGUGACCAGGAGUGCUCGAAGAGAUUGUUGAAAUGCGUCGUCUGCUUGGUCGACGCUCGGAAGGGGAUCAAGACCGAGGACGAACAAGUUUGGCGGAAGGUUUUCCGCGGGUACACGAAGCUGAUCGUGUUGACAAAGGUGGAUUUGUUAACCAGAACGGAGUUGCACGAAGCGGUCCAAGCAGCGAGCGAGAGGAUUUUGGAGUUGAGGGACCCGUUGCCGUUCGACGAAUUGUUUUGGACGGAAGAGCAACAGGCGAGAAGGAGGUUGUACGGGGGGAAGAUGUUGGGAAAGUUUUUGAACAAAAAUAAGGCCGCAUCUUCGACCUCAUCCAGCGCUUGCUUUUCAUCUCGACGCGCCAGCAAUACAGAUUCCGACAAUUUGUAUCCAGAGGACGAAACAGGCCCUGAGGCGCCGAUUGUUCCUGCGAUUCACGCAAUCUCCGCGAAAGACGGUUGCGGUAUUGCGGAACUGCAAACGCAUAUUGGAUUACUUUGUGGCUUGAUGAAUAGUGAGAGUCGUCAGAAUUCCAAUUCUUCCGCUCGCAGCCAGGUUUCAACCAAAUAUCAGGUCGAGCAAUCCAAGCAAAAAUCAGAAUCAAGUUAUUCCGCAUCUAAGCACGAGUAUCUCAC